AUGAUCGAAGCUGGUCCUCAAGAUUACUGGUGGGAUUGGCGCUUGCACAUGCCGGCAGCGCUAAUGUACAACCUCUGUCACGAUAGAUACAAUUGGUUCUACCACACAGUGGCACAAAAAAACGUGGCCAACCGAGUAUUCUACUGGCCAAGAGGCAGAGUUUGGGGUGGAAGUUCGACAGUGAAUGCGAUGGUAUAUGUACGAGGUCAUCCACUGGAUUAUGACCGAUGGGAAUCUGAAGGCGCAAGGGGCUGGAACUUUAAAAACUGCCUGCCAUAUUUCAAGAAAGCCGAGACUUAUCAGUAUUCUAAGGGUCCUGAUGAUCCUUACAGAGGUCAUAAUGGCCCACUGUACGUGACAAGAGGAUACGCUGAACAUCCGCUACAUCAAGCGUUUCUGGAAGCUGGUCGUCAGCACCCAAUCGGCACCACAGACGAUAUGAAUGGCUUCAAACAGGAGGGCUUAGGCACAAUGGAUAUGACUAUUCAGGAUGGAAUACGAUGUAGUACGUCACGGGCAUACAUCUGGCCCAAUCUGUCGCGGACCAAUCUUCAUACGUCGAGUGGAAUUACUUGUACUCGCGUUCUUUUUGAUGGCACGCGCGCAAUUGGCAUCGAAUUCAUAAGAAAGAUCAACUUCCACGGUACGGAUAAUAUUGAUUCCUAUAGUCGAGAGAAGAUUUAUUGUGAAGGCGAUGUGAUUAUUUGUGGAGGCGCGAUCAAUUCCCCUCAGCUAUUGAUGUUAAGCGGUGUUGGACCUGCAGACCACCUGAGAACACAUGAUAUCCCUGUUGUCGUCGAUCUUCCGGGAGUUGGACAAAAUUUGGUCGAUCAUCUCGAGGUAUACGUGCAGCAGAAGUGUAAACUACCAAUCACACUGUACAACAAAAGUUCUUGGAGGUUUCCGCAUAACAUGAUCAAAAUUGGGCUAGAAUGGUUCCUCUCUCGAAAAGGCCUAGGAGCGUCAAGUCAUCUCGAGACGGGAGGUUUUGCAAGAUCAAGCAGUAAAGUCAAGCAUCCCGACAUACAAUUCCACUUCCUACCAUCCACGGUCCAUGAUGACGGUCGAAAAGUUGGAAACUGUCAUGCGUUUCAGGCUGGUUAUGUUCAUGUGGGUAAUAUGCGAACGAAAUCAAAAGGUUGCAUCAAGUUGGCUUCCAGAGACCCAAGACGACAUCCGAUCAUUGAUCCUAAUUACUUGAGUCACGAAGACGAUUGGAAAGAGUUUAGGUAA